GAUUUUGCGGCCAGUAGCAGCUAUACAGUAACGCGCGCCGAGCACGUCGUCCCGUUUUCGGUUCCCCCCGGCCCCGCACACACGAUCGGUCCGUUUCUCUCGGACGACACAGUAUCAGAGUCCGCCGCAGCACGUCGCCGUCGUCGCCGCCGCAUCCGCACCGUAGUUCGUCGCGCGCCGAUCCGUCUCGCGUGAGAGUGUCCGUGUAUAAUCCGUGUACGCUCGGCGCACCGUCGCACAGCUCGUCGCGCCACUUUUUAGUAUCGCCCCCCCUUCGUCAGUCAUCACUCGACGUCAGUGCACACUGCACAGUGUUCAUUCGUUCGUCUUCCGAGUUCGUCGUGCUGUAGUAGGAUAGAUAAUAAUAUUAUAUUAUAGUGGUUCAUAUUAUUAUUUUUUAUUUUUUAUCAUUUUAUUGUUGUUCAUAUUGUUUCGCACUGUAUAGUUUCGGUGUCUGAAAGAGAACGUUUUAUCAUUUUACGAGCGCACAGAACUCCAUUUCCGACCUACCGUUCGCACCUGUCGACAAUGUAUUUGUAUUUCUGUUGCCGUUUGAAAUCCGCCGACGUCAAUCUCAUCACGCGAGUGCUGCAACUCAAGGGCUGAUUAUUUUUUUACCAUUGUCGUAAAAAACGCAUUAGUCUUACCGGUGUUACCCAUAUUCCGGUUCCGACACCGCUCCGACCACCACUUCCACCACUCCUACUCGUUCGCUGACCGCUGUUGUCUUUCUCUCGUCACGGCGCGUUCUACCUUUGCGUUUGCACACGUAGCGUCGAUCGCUGCACAGAUAGCACACGUUGCGUAAGUGUUCACGGACGAACAAGCAGACAUCCGGUAUCCUCUAUACCAUUCGUUUGCGCUUCUACACGCCGGUGGCCAAAGUGGACUCGACAAAUUUCCUGUGCACCAUCACACUGGCCAGCAAAGUGGACUACGUCGUUCGUAGAAGAUCCAUUGGUGGCAUGAGGCCAGACCUGCAGAAGCUUAUCUAUCACACGUCUUCAGAUCACUUUUCAGAGCUAGACACCAUCGCCGUGCUCUAGUCCCACACACCGCUAGCAGUAUAGAAUAGAUAUAAUUGGUGUGAGCAAAGUCCUGUUUUUAGUGUGACUGUAAACUCCAACAUCAUGGCGCCUACUAUCAUGAUGCGGCCCACUAAAAAGGACUGGCAACGUCAGUCACAGUCUGAAUCUGAGGAUGACGAUUUGGUUGGAAAGAAAGAUUUAAUGCCGCUAGUAAUGUUCCAAGUCGGCCAACAUUUUGUGCCCUUGGUUAUAACAAUGGUAGGAUUGCCAGCACGUGGCAAAACCAUUCUUGCUUAUAAAAUUCAACAAUAUCUUAACUGGACAAAUCAUAAGGCCAAAGUGUUUUCUGUGAGCUCAUACAGACGUAAACACAUUGAGUUAUAUAGUAGCCAUGACCUAUUUCGUAAGGAAAACAGUGAAGCGGCUGAGAUUCGUCAAUUAAGUGCACAAGAAGCACAAGAUGACGCCACCAAAUGGUUACAAGAUGGAGGAGAUGUAGCUAUAUUGGAUGGCACUCAUAUAACACAAGCUCGCCGUCAAACAGUAUACGAUCAUUUUGCUAAAGUCAUGGGAUAUAAGGUAUUAUUUAUUGAGUGUGUUUGUGACGAUGAGAUGCUUAUUGAGCACAAUGUCAAAGAAGUGAUGCAAUUCAGUAAGGACUAUAGAAAUAUGUCUAGUGAGAAAGCUCUCGAUGAUUUUCAUCACAAGAUUGAACAUUAUAUGGAACAACAUGAACCUAUGAAACCAAAAUCAGAUGGCUAUAGCUACAUAAAAUAUUUAAAUGCAGGAGAAUCACUAACUGUUUGUCGUUUGAAUUCUCCUAUGCAAAGUGAGGUGCUAGCCUUUGUUUCAAAUUUCAAACCAUUAGCAAAAACAUUUUAUUUUUCAAGACAUGGUGAAAGUGAAAAUAAUGUUUUGGGUCGUAUUGGUGGAGAUGCAGAAUUGUCAGUCCGUGGUCGCACUUAUGCUGCAGCAUUAGCACGCUAUUUUAAUAAUGAGAAUCGUUUAGAAGGACUACGUGUGUGGACUAGUGAAUUGAAACGCACCCAUCAAACAGCUCAAGGUAUUAAAGCUCCAAUAGAACCUGUACCUUUCCUCAAUGAGUUAUAUGCUGGUGUAUGUGAAGGAUUGAGUUAUGAAGAGAUGCAAUGCAAAUUUCCACAAGAGUUUGCUUGGCGUGAUCAAGAUAAGUUACAGUAUCGUUAUCCAUGGGGAGAAUCUUACAUAGAUAUUAUGACACGAUUGAAACCAGUAUUGCUGGAACUUGAAGGAGAUAUGGAUAAUUUAUUGAUAAUCAGUCACCAAGCUGUUUUAAGAUGCCUACUUGGAUAUUUCUUGAAUAAGAAACAUGAAGAAUUACCGUACAUUAAUGUACCUUUACACACCAUCAUUAAGCUGACAUUAAGCGGAUACAAAUGCAAAAUGGAAGUAAUUAAGCUAAACAUUGAAUGUGUGGACACAUAUCGUAUGCAACCAAAGAACUGUUCUGUCAAUCGUUCAACUGAUGAUGCCUUACUAACAGUGCCAGCUCAUUUUGAGAAUUUAUCUUUGUGGAAUCAUGCGCCAAUUGUUCAGCUUUGAACAUAAUAUAUAAUUAGAUAUAUUAAUGUUUCAUAGACUUAAAUUCAUAUACGAUAUCCCAAUAAUUUUAGAUCUUUAAAGUUUAUAACGUCAUGGCAUUUAAAAUGGUUUGAUAACAUAACAAACAUAAUGUUUAAUUUCAGGUAUAGAAUUUUCACAUUAACUUUGUACUAUGAUAAGAAUAUUCAAAGUGAAUAUUAGUAAUUUGAUUGUUUUUGACAUUAACGGACCAUGUUAGGAGAUGAUAAAUAUUAGAGAUAUUUUAAUAAUUUUUAAGUAUAGAUUCGGAAGAAUACAAAUUAAAUAUUAUUUAUUAGGGAUUAAGUGUAAUAAAUUAUAAGUACAUGAAAAGUUAUGGAUUUCUAUAGUUUAUUAAUACAUUAAUUUAGAAUAUUGUCAUAACUUAUAUUUAUAUCUAACUUUAAACAAACUAAAUUUUAUUGUCUCUAGUUCCCAUGCUAGUUUCAGUAUUAAAAUCAUUUGUUAUUAAAAAAAAAGAAAAAAAAAAUCAUAAUGAGUGAGCAUAUGUGUUUGAUCUCUUACAUUAUUUACAAAAUUUUAUGAUCGCACAAACACUGCAUUAUAACUCUGCUAAAAUACGAACAUGUUCCUAAGUAGCAGCGACAGAAAAAAUAUUAAUGUCGAUUAAAGAUAUAUGAAAUCCAAUAAUUAUAUUAAUUAUUACUUUUUUUUGUGACAAACUAUUCUAUUCUUCCAUUUUAAUUAUUAGUUUAAAUAUUUUUGUACUGUAGUUAUUUUUGAUUUAUUAUAUGUUUUUUACUUUAAACCAUAUACAUUGUUGUUAAAAAAAAAAAUCAGUAAUAUUUUUGAUUAUGGAUAAAAAUUGUUAACGUAGCAUACUUUUGUAGCUUAUUGAUUCAUCUACAUUUAACAUUAUGAUGUUUAGUCUGGAUUUCAGUAAUUAAGAUAAUAAAUAAGUUAAAUAUUUCCAAUUUAUUAUUGUAUUUUAUUUUGAAUUGGAAUAAUAUUAUAUACUAAGAAUAAUAUGUUAGCGUACUGUUUUCUCUCUCUGGCUUACACUAGACUAAACAGCAUUAAUGAUUUUUAUGAGGGUACAACACAUAGAAAACUCUCAAUUAUAAUAUCCCAUAUAAUUUUUGUAAUGGUCAAUUUUACUAUAAGAUUAUUUAAAAGUCAUAAAAAACGAUAUUACUUACAUUAUGUGUUUUAUCUACCUAAUGUUCCAAGUGGGCCCAAGAGAUAAAACAAAUAUUAAUAUAUUGCGCCGAGAGCUGACAUCCUCUUAAUAUUUAUCAAUUCUAUUUUUAUUACUAAUCAGUAGUUAGUACUCAGUACUCACAAAUAAUCAGUACUAUUUAGUAUUUAUAUAGUAACAUAACUUGUACCUAACAGUUACAACAAUAUGUUAUAUAAUGUAAGCCUUUUAUAGUUUUAUCAAAUUUGUAAUAACAUACAAUAUGUUGAAACAUUUAAACUUAAUAAAUAUAUGGAAAAAAAAAUGAA